UUGAUAAUGUGAUAUGCAUUUUUUUUUCAAUUUUUUUUCUUAAUUUAAUUAUAAUUAUUUUAUUGUGGAGUAUAGAUAAUUUGUUUGCAAGAUGGAUAAUGAGAGUGAAACUCAAGUGGACUCUAGUGCAAGUGGAAGAAGAGAUCUGGGGUGGAAAUAUGGUCGUUUGGUUAAUGAAAAAGAUUUGAACACCAUCAUAUGCAUUUUUUGUGAGAAAGUAACCAAAGGAGGCAUCUAUAGACACAAACAACAUCUUGUUGGUGGAUAUAGAAAUGCUAAAAAGUGUAGAAAAUGUCCGGAACAUGUUAGAGAAGAAAUGGAAGAGUAUAUGAGUUCCAAUAAAAAUCAAAAAGAGCAAAUGAAUAUGGGGAGCGAAUAUGUUAAUGAAGAUUUGUUUGGUUUGGAAGAUGAAGAUAUUGGUGAGGAGAUUAAUAGUAGAACGAAUGUCACCAACAUUUCUAGUGGAGGUAGUAACCGAGGAGGAAGUGGUGGUAGGACGUUUUCUUCAAAAAAACCAAGACAAAAAGGUCCUAUGGAUCAUUUUUUCACUCCUAAUGCAGAAAUGGUUGUUCAAAAUCAAAGGAGUGGAAAGAUGAAUCAAACUACCAUCAAUGAUGCUUACAAAAAGGAAGCAAGAGAAAGAGCUUGCACGCUUAUCACAAGAUGGAUGUAUGAGGCUGUUAUUCCAUUUAAUGCAGUCACAUAUCCAAGUUUCCAACCAAUGAUUGAGGCUAUUGGCCAAUAUGGUGUGGGUAUGAAGGGACCAACUUUUCAUGAGGUAAGAGUUACCAACCUUAAGAAAGAAUUGGCUCUCACAAAAGAUUUGAUGAAAGAUCAUAUGGUGGAAUGGGGGAAAAAUGGAUGUUCAAUUAUGUCGGAUGGAUGGACCGAUAGGAAAGAGAGAACUUUGGUGAACUUUUUGGUUAAUUGUUCAAAGGGAACCAUGUUCAUGCAAUCCAUUGAUGCUUCUUCAAUGAUUAAGACGGGAGAAAAGAUGUUUGAGUUACUUGACAAAUGGGUAGAGCAAGUUGGUGAAGAGAAUGUUAUUCAAGUUAUAACAGAUAAUCACUCAAGUUAUGUGAUGGCAGGGAGGUUGUUAGAAUUAAAGCGUCCACAUUUGUAUUGGACACCAUGUGCUGCACAUUGCCUUGACUUGAUGUUGGAAGAUAUUGGAAAGCUACCAAACAUCAAGAGGACAUUGGAGAGGGCUAUAUCACUAAAUGGGUAUAUUUAUAAUCGCUCAGGGCUACUCAAUAUGAUGAGGCGGUUUACUGGACAAAGGGAAUUGCUUAGGCCUGCUAAGACUCGGUUUGCAACUGCUUUCAUCACAUUAUCGCAAUUGCAUGAACAAAAAAACAAUUUGAGGAAGAUGUUUACAAGCUCAGAUUGGUCAGAUAGUAAAUGGGCAAAAGAGCAGAAGGGGAAAACUAUAGCCAACAUAGUUCUAAUGCCUUCAUUUUGGAACACUAUUGUAUUUUGCUUAAAGGUUUCGGGUCCCCUAGUUCGUGUGCUUCGUUUGGUUGAUGGUGAAAAAAAAGCUCCUAUAGGAUACAUCUAUGAGGCCAUGAAUAGAGCUAAGGAUGCAAUUGUGAGAAGUUUUAAUGGAAAUGAAGAGAAGUACAAAAAAAUCUUCAACAUCAUUGAUAAGAGGUGGGAGAUUCAGCUUCAUCGGCCUUUGCAUGCAGCAGGGUACUUUUUGAACCCGGAAUUCUUCUAUGAUAAGCCAGAAAUAGAGCAUGAUGCCGACAUUAUGAGUGAUUUGUAUAAAUGCAUCUUAAGGCUAACAAGAGACCCUGCUAAGCAAGAAAAAGUUGUGGCCGAAGUGAGUUUGUUCACAAAUGCCCAAGGACUAUUCGGGAAUGAGUUAGCUGUUAGGACAAGAAAGACUAGAGCACCAGCUGAAUGGUGGGCUGCAUAUGGAGCUUCAGCUCCAAAUUUGCAAAAGUUUGCAAUGAAAGUCCUCAACUUAACAUGCAGUGCAUCAGGUUGUGAACGGAAUUGGAGCAUCUUUGAGAAUGUGAGUGACCAAAUCCAAAAUAAUUACAAGUAAUAGUCUAAUAGAGUCUUGAAUGUAACUUAAAAGUUAAAAUUUUAGAAUAUAUUUAUGAGCUUAUGAAUUUUUGCAAAUUCAUAGCAAGAGGAGAAAUAGGUUAGAUCAUCAACGCUUGAAUGAUUUGGUGUACAUCAAGUAUAAUCGAGCCUUGAAGAGAAGAUACAAUGAACGUAACACCAUUGACCCAAUUUCCUUGAAAGAUAUAGAUGAUAGCAAUGAAUGGUUGAUAGGGAGAAUGGAAGAUGAGGAUUCUCAUGGAGGUGCACAAGAUGAUUUUGUAUUUGAUGAUGACAAUUUGACAUGGGGUGAUGUUGCUAGAGCUGCUGGAGCUGAGGAGGCCAGGUUUGAUACUAGAGCUAGAGCUAGAGCAAGCUCAAGCAUAAUACCACCAACAAGGGGGAUAGCUUCAAGUUCUAGAACUUUGCCUUCUUAUUCACUAAUAGAUGAAGAUGAAGAUGGAGACAUGGUUGAUUCAGCAGAUGAAGAAGAUGGGGAAGGCUACAAAUGUGGUGAUGGAAAUGAUGAUGAUGAUGAUUUUGUUGAUUUAGAGGAGGAGUGAUGAUUGCUUGUUGUGGACAAAUUUGUGAUUUAAGUGUUUUUUAAUGAUGUUUUUGAAUUGUGGACAAAUUUCAUGUUUUGGACCUUUAAGUUUGGAAACUUUGGAUUUGGAUAUGUAUUAGGCAAUUAGCAAUAUGGAUUUGGAUUUGUUUUUA